UCUAAGACCUGUUUCUGGUGUUGAUGAUUCCUCAUAUUCCAAAAUUUGAACUUAGAGGAGGAAACGUGAGACAUGUUUACUUCGUCUGUCUGCCUUUUUCCCGUUCUAGACAGAGUUUUGAGGACGCCCGAACUACAGUCUAGUGUCUCGAGGCCCCGAUAGGCUAAGCCUGAGCCUCACAGCACAGCCUUAGGCCUUCCACACGCAAGGAAGAUGGAAUGUCGCCUCACCGGUCCACCAGCACUCAACAUCUGGACUAGCAUUUCCCCUUCUCAGCUAAGCCUCGUGGGAGUGAACACCUGUUCAUCGCAAAGAAUUAUCCCGCAACAGCAUCAAGUUUUCACUGCCCCACAUUAUCGAGUUUAUCCUCGAAUGGCCGACGGCUUUUGACGCCCUCAAUCUCUGAGAGCCAUAAUAUGUAUAAAGGGUUCUGGAUUGCAGCGUUUGGUGGGUGUUUGAGACCGGAGGAUGGAAGUGGAGAUGUGAGAUCAGACCGUAUUCGCGGCCGCC